GGGCCCGGCGGGCGUGCUGCAUCCCAGAUCAACUCAGAUUGCUCCGCCCGCGGCUGCCCGACUUCCCCUCCCUUCCUCUGUCCCUCCCUUCCUCCCUCCCUCCUUCCCUCCCGCCCGCCGGCGCCGGACACGCUGCACUUCUCUUGGGGCGCUCUUCCCCUUGGCCGACCGUCUCAUCCCGCGCAACUUUGGGACAGCGGCCUUUUGGUGUUGAAUGUUCCCCUCCGAGAGCGCAUGGCUGGGGAAGCGAGGUGCUGGCCGGGUCCCCGAGGGGCCGCCGUCCGGGAGGCGGUGUUGCUGCCGCUGCUGCUGCUGUGCCUGGGCGUCCCGACCGGGCGCCCCUACAACGUGGACACCGAGAGCGCGCUGCUCUACCAGGGCCCCCCCAACACCCUGUUCGGUUAUUCGGUGGUGCUGCACAGCCACGGGGAGAACCGAUGGCUCGUAGUGGGGGCGCCCACCGCCAGCUGGCUCGCCAACGCUUCAGUGGUCAAUCCUGGCGCGAUUUACAGAUGCAAGAUCGGAGAGAAUCCAGACCUGACGUGCGAACAGCUCCAGCUGGGUAGCCCUACUGGAGAACCUUGUGGAAAGACUUGUCUGGAAGAAAGAGACAAUCAGUGGUUGGGGGUCACACUUUCCAGACAGCCAGGAGAAAAUGGCUCCAUCGUGGCUUGUGGGCAUAGAUGGAAAAAUAUAUUUUAUAUAAAGAAUGAAAAUAAGCUCCCUACGGGUGUUUGCUAUGGAAUGCCCCCUGAUUUACGAACAGAACUGAGCAAAAGAAUAGCUCCGUGUUAUCAAGAUUAUGUGAGAAAAUUUGGAGAAAAUUUUGCAUCAUGUCAAGCUGGAAUAUCUAGUUUUUACACUGAGGAUUUAAUUGUGAUGGGAGCCCCAGGAUCAUCUUAUUGGACUGGCUCUCUUUUUGUCUACAAUAUAACUACAAAUAAGUACAAGGCUUUUUUAGACAAAGAUAAUGAAGUAAAAUUUGGAAGUUAUUUAGGCUACUCAGUUGGAGCUGGUCAUUUUCGGAGUCCGCAUACUACCGAAGUAGUUGGAGGAGCCCCUCAACAUGAACAGAUUGGUAAAGCAUACAUAUUCAGCAUCGAGGCCAGAGAACUAAACAUCUUACAUGAAAUGAAAGGUAAAAAGCUUGGCUCCUAUUUUGGAGCUUCUGUCUGUGCCGUGGACCUCAACGCAGACGGCUUCUCAGACCUCCUCGUGGGAGCUCCCAUGCAGAGCAUCAUCAGGGAGGAAGGCAGAGUGUUUGUGUAUAUCAACUCUGGCUCAGGAGCAGUAAUGAACGAAAUGGAAACAGAGCUCCUUGGAAGUGACAAAUAUGCGGCAAGAUUUGGGGAAUCUAUUGUUAAUCUUGGAGACCUUGACAAUGAUGGCUUUGAAGAUGUUGCAAUUGGAGCUCCACAGGAAGAUGGCUUGAGAGGUGCUAUUUAUAUUUACAACGGCCGAGCAGAUGGGGUCUCACCAACGUUCUCACAGAGAAUUGAAGGACUUCAAAUCAGCCAAUCAUUAAGUAUGUUUGGACAGUCUAUAUCUGGACAAAUUGAUGCAGAUAAUAAUGGAUAUGUAGAUGUGGCAGUUGGUGCUUUUCGGUCUGAUUCUGCUGUGCUGCUGAGGACAAGACCCGUAGUGAUUGUUGAAGCUUCUUUAAAACAUCCUGAGUCAGUAAAUAGAACAAAUUUUGACUGUGUUGAAAAUGGAUUGCCUUCUGUGUGCAUGGAUCUAACACUCUGUUUCUCAUACAAGGGCAAAGAGGUUCCAGGUUAUAUUGUUUUGUUCUAUAACAUGAGUCUGGAUGUGAACCGGAAGAUAGAAUCUCCAUCAAGAUUUUACUUUUCUUCUAAUGGAACAUCUGAUGUGAUUACAAGCAGCAUGAAAGUGUCAAGCAAAGUAGCUAACUGCAGAACACAUCAAGCAUUUAUGCGGAAAGAUGUGCGGGACAUCCUCACCCCAAUUCAGAUUGAAGCUGCUUACCACCUUGGGCAUCACGUCAUCAGUAAACGAAGUACAGAGGAAUUCCCCCCUCUUCAACCAAUUCUUCAGCAAAAGAAAGAAAAAGACAGAAUUGAAAAAACGAUAAAUUUUGCAAGAUUUUGUGCCCACCAAAAUUGCUCUGCUGACUUACAGGUUUCUGGGAGAAUUGGAUUUUUUAAGCCACAUGAAAAUAAGACCUAUCUUGCUGUUGGAAGUAUGAAGACCUUGAUGUUGAACGUGUCCUUGUUUAAUGCUGGAGAUGAUGCGUACGAAACGACUCUGCACAUCAGACUCCCCUCCGGUCUUUACUUCGUUAAGAUUUUAGAUCUGGAAGAGAAACAAAUAAACUGUGAAGUAACAGACAGUGCUGGCUUAGUAAAACUCGACUGCAGUGUUGGAUAUAUAUAUGUAGAUCACCUAUCAAGGAUAGAUAUUAGCUUUCUCCUGGAUGGGAGCUCACUCAGCAGAGCAGAAGAGGAUCUCAACAUCACAGUGCAUGCCACCUGUGCAAAUGAAGGAGAAAUGGACAAUCUGAAGCGUAACAAAGUGACUUUAGCAAUACCUCUCAAGUAUGAAGUCAUGCUAUCUGUUCAUGGGUUUGUAAACCCAACUUCAUUUGUGUAUGGACCAAAGGAAGAAAAUGAGCCUGAAACAUGCAUGUCAGAGAAAAUGAACUUCACUUUUCAUGUUAUCAACACUGGCCAUAGCAUGGCUCCAAAUGUUAGUGUGGAAAUAAUGGUACCAAAUUCUUUUGCCCCCCAAACUGAUAAGCUGUUCAACCUUUUGGAUGUCCAGACUACUGCUGGAGAUUGCCAUUUUAAAAGUUAUCAAAGAAAGUGUGCAUUAGAGCAGGAUAAAGGUCCACUGGAGACCCUGAAAGACAUUUUCAGAUUCUUGUCAAAGACUGAUAAGAAGCUAUUGUUCUGCAUAAAAGCUGAUCCAUACUGUUUAAGUCUUUUAUGUAAUUUUGGGAAUAUGGAAAGUGGAAAAGAAGCCAGUGUUCACAUGCAGUUGGAAGGCCGCCCAUCUCUUUCAGAAAUGGAUGAGACUUCAGCGCUCACAUUUGAGAUAAGAGCAACGGCUUUUCCAGAGCCUAAUCCAAAAGUUAUUGAACUAAACAAGGAUGAAAAUGUUGCACAUGUUUUCCUUGAAGGACUACAUCAUCAAAGACCCAAACGUCAUUUCACGAUAGCAAUUAUUUCAAGUAGCUUGCUACUUGGCCUUAUUUUACUUUUAUUGAUUUCGUAUGUUAUGUGGAAGGUUGGUUUCUUUAAAAGACAGUACAAAUCUAUCCUACAAGAAGAAAACAGAAGAGACAGUUGGAGUUACGUUAACAGCAAAAGCAAUGAUGAUGAUUGAAGACAUCUUUCAAAUUGAGAGGACAAGGGACUCAGGUUAACCAAAGAAACUUAAGAUGUUGUUUACAACACUGACUUCUAUGUACUUCUUUUACUCAUGACCUUGUGACUUAUUGGGUCUCCAUGCAAAUGAAAAAUCUACGCAAUGAUUCGUCUUCGAGAGGAAAAUAACUGCAAAGGGAAUAUUUAAUAUAUCCAAAGAGAAUCUUUCAGCUCUUAAAUGGAUAGAAAAACACUAAAGCAUUCAAUUUAUUCAAGGUAAGUAAUCCCUCGAAGAUAUUGCAUCUGAAUUCAAUCAUAUUGAAGAAGUAAACAACUCAUUUGGAGAAGUCUUGGACUUGAAAUAGCAUUCCUUUAAAAGAAAUUAUUUACCAUAUGUGCUUGCUUCAGUAAAAUAAAUUCCAUGGAUAGAUAAUGAUUCAUUUCUAAUAGAUCUUUGAGACUUGUUUGAAAAAUCCUGCUAAAUAUCUUCAGAGAACAUACUUCCAAGAGCUGUUCCUAAAUUUUUGAAUGGAUACAAGAAGACCACUAAUGUUUUAAAAGUGGAUUUUAUCUUUAAACACCUUUAUUUUUAAUACCUUCAUGAUG